UUCCUCGUUUCAUAACAAAGACAUUCACUGGGCGAUGAUCUGGAACGAUUACAUCAGAUAGAUUCUAGACGUUCCAGAAACACCUCGCUACUCGUGAACUUAGUGCGAUACAUAUCUUCCACAUCAUGGUUUGGUUUGAUUUGUUUUCCGGCAGGUCCGGUCACGCCCACCGGGAUCCACGGGAAUCGGCUUCCAACUCAAAUGUGGAAGCAGACGAAUCUACGAGGGGAUAUCCGGUCCUGCCUCCUGAACCGCCCUCGCCUCCCCGAAUUCAAGUGGAUGUCUUCACCAAUCCCGUGGCCAUGGCCGAUUUCUUUGAGCGUCAAAUGGACGAUUUGUGGCGCUCCUUCGGUGGAUUGAGCGGGGUUUUCUCCGAGCUACCCCCGGGUUCUCCGGGUUCUCCGGGUUUCUGGGCUCAACCGGGAGUCUCUCCCGACUCGCUUGAGCCUUAUCCACGGGAUGAGGCUUUGGGCAGUCGGGAAUUCAUGCUCAAGCCCGGGGUGGGCGCGCCCACUUUGAGCCCCCAGGAUCCGCGGGGAUUCGCCGAUCAGGACCUUGAUCAUCAAGUGGCGGAAAAAGGUCUGGCCGGAAUAUUUGAAGCUAGUCCCCGGAGACCCGAACCCGAUCGUCCGAGAUUCUCCCAUUUCUUUGGGCUUCCACACGAUGGCGGACAAAAUUCCUUCAGUUUUAGUGCCAGCUCCAGUCAAAAAAGCAUUCGUCGACCUGAUGGUUCCAUGGAAACCACCAUCACCCAAAGAGAUGGCCGAGGUCAAGAAACGACCGUGAUCACGCGCCAAUUUGGCGACAAAUCUCACACGGUAACCACCAUCAAAAAUUCCGAUGGGACCGAAGAAUCGUCAGAGAGCUUCCAAAACACGGAUAGUGAGGAAAUGAAGCGAUUACAGUCUGCUCCAAGCUUAGGUUCCGGUCCAAUGGGUCAUGGACAUUCGAGCAUCUUGGAUUUGUUUCGUGACCGUGUGGGUCCAAAUGAUCCCAAUCCACCGAUAAUGAGACCUGGACCUUCAUUAAGUGACGAGGAGUCGGUCUUUGACAGGAUUUUUGGACGUCCGUAGAUUCGAUUGUCAUGUGUUUAUUAUCAUUAUCGUUCUGGAAAUCCUUCCAUAUCUAUGCUUAGUAUGAGUAGUUUCGGUAGAAAUAAAAUGCAGGCAUGAUUAACAAGA